UGGCAACAUAUUUAGCAACUUUCCUGAUCUGACGAGAGCAUGAAACUAUGAGAAAGAUUAUUGAAUUUAUCACUGUUAUUCUCAAACAAUGUCUCAAGGAAAAGAACAAGCUUUUACAGCAUAAUACUUUCUUUUUGGAAUCUUAAACGCACAAUGGGAUAGAAAAACAAACACGGAUUAGUUCUGAAUUACCCUGUAUAUAAUAAUGUUGCCAUUCUAUGUGUGGUUACUUUUUCAUUUACAAAAUAAAGCCCAUUAAUGUAGCAGUAAAUUCCAAAUUAGCAGCUGUUUAUCCAACAAUGUCAACUGUUUCAUGGAAUGUUUUUAACAGUAUUGUGUCAACUAUAAUGAAAUAACACAAAUGUCAGGGGAAGGAGGAGGACCAUAAACGCAGAAUGAAAACGGAAAUGAAAACAUGGAAAAAGAGGAACCAAGUUAUCCUAGGUUGUACAAGGUUCAAAUUUCUUCUCAACUUCGAAGAUAAUGCAGAGUGCAUGCAAACACGACAAGAUCUCAGGAUUCGAGGAUGCUUUGAGACUAUUUCUGGAAAUUGGCGACACUGCAGUUUACUUCUGAUUCUUGUACUGCUUUCAAUUGACGAACAACCCAGAGAGUUUGCUAAGAGAUGUUUUCAGCAUAAUAGUCAAACAAGCCCAAUCAACAAAAACCCAGACGACAGUAAUUUAAAGGGCUGUUUCUCUGGAGUGCAACAAGACAAAAUGGCAACUCUCGUCCAUCAGCUGUUGUCAGCUGCAGUUGCUCUUGCUGUUGUUCAACUCAUCUGCAGUUACAGCUUUCACAACUGCAUUGAAGAUCCGUACUCAAACCGACAAAGUUUCCACUGCAUCCGUCGAACCCAGACAAACAUGAGUGCUUAUACAAAAGACCUGCUGCCGUCUGCUCUCAAUGUCACGAUCUCCAUUAGUCCUUUGUGGUACAUUCCCGACAACAGCUUUGCUCAUCUGUCAAACCUUCAGUACCUCAGUAUAGAUAAUACUCAGUUGAGGACCAUUGGUCAGUUAGCUUUCCAAAACCUGACUCAACUUAAGUCUCUAAAUUUGUCCUUUAACAACAUAUCAGAACUCAACUGUUCUCUGUUUAAGUACCUGCACAACCUCACUUUCCUUUCGCUGACACACAAUAAGUUAAAGCAGCUCCCCGAGGGCAUUUUCUCUACUGUUCUCAGUCUAGACACCUUAAUCAUGAGGCAAAACCUUCUGACAAAUUUCUCAGGGAUUGCUAAGUCUGUGUCACAUCUAACAAAACUGAAGAAAUUAGACCUUUGCUUUAACGAUUUCACUUCUCUCAGUCACUCAAAUGAGUCACUGCCCAAAAAUCUGAGUGUGCUCUAUAUAUGUAAAAAUGAUCUGUAUACAUUCGGAAGUAACCAUUCAUUUCUCAGGUAUAUUAAAGUGCUAGAUUUGUCAUACAAUUCUAGGCUUUCUACGCUGGCCUUUCACGGAGUGGAUUUGGGACAUAUAAGCUAUCUGCGUUUGCAAUCAACAAGUGUCAAGGUAGUAGAGUUUUUAAAAAUCAGUAAUGUCAAUGCAGGUCACGUUGAUUUCUCUGGCACGGGUCUAAAGAAUGACAGCAUGCUCAUUGAACUAUGCAAAAUGUUGAAGAGAAAGCAGAAAGAGAUUAAAAAUUUGAGGCUGGAAAAUAAUGGAAUUAAACAACUAACAAACAACACACUGUACUACUGUCCAAAAAUCACAGGGGCUUUGGAUCUAUCACGCAACAACCUGAAGAACAUAAGAUGUCUUGAAUUUCUCAAUAGACACAAACUAAUAAAUAGGUUUGAUGCAGAACAUAACCAUCUCACCUCCCUCCCAUCCUGUAAAACACAAAGUACAGUUCAUUUUAAAAAUCUGGAAGAACUGAGCUAUCGUUACAAUCGCAUCCUCGUAGUUAAAUAUUAUGCUUUCUAUCAUACACCAAAUAUCAAGACACUAAAACUCAACAUAAAUAAUAUUGCUUUUCUCCAUCAUCGUGCUCUCAAAGGCCUGAAAAAGCUUGAGACACUCCGUUUGGAUAAUAAUCUCUUAACUGAUUUGUUUAAUGACACAUUUGAAGACAAUUUCAACCUGCAAGUCCUUAACUUACGCAACAAUCGUAUUUCUGUUAUUUUCAACAGAACCUUCAGUAGCCUCAGAAAUUUAACUAUAUUGGACUUGGGAGGCAAUAAGAUUACUUCUUUUCAGCCAUCUGGCCUUGAUGGGUUAAAAAACCUAGCUAAACUCUAUCUAGAUGGAAACAACCUCAAACAGAUUGACGGUUCUCUCUAUCGUGGUUUUCAAGAUACACUCACCGUUCUGGACUUACAAAGAAAUCAGAUUCGCUUCCUCACCGAAAAUAUCAGUUCACCAUUUCUGAAUCUCAGUAAACUAAGUGACCUCAAACUGGAUGGGCAGAGACCUUAUGGCCUCACAGUCUUACCCCGAACUUUAUUCCGUGGCCUCCACUCACUGAAAUUUUUGUACCUUACCAACAAUAACAUCUUUUAUCUAUCUCCUGAUGUCUUUGAUGAUCUGACAGGCUUACAGUUCCUCACAUUGGAUAACUGCUGUGUUGGGGUUACACAACUGCAACCAGGUGUCUUUAAAAAUCUACAUAAUUUGACUAGAUUGAUUGUAGAAAAUAUGGGCAUUCAGAAUUUCUCAAAAGAGGUUUUUGGAAAUCUUACAAAGUUACAUACAUUGCAGCUCAACCGCAAUGUGAUGCAGAGCAUUCCUGUAGAUGCACUUGAGAGUCUACCUGAACUCCGCUACCUUGACAUACGUAAUAUGCCUUUAAGCUGCACGUGCAAGAACACCUUACUGCAAAACUACACACUGCAGAAUAAAAAUGUUCAGAUUGUUUAUCUAUACCAUCUGCCAUGCCAACACGAUGCUAAACAGAGAUUUUACAACUUUGCUACAAAUGUUUGUUACAUAGAUCUAGGGGAGUACCUGUUCUUUAGCACAGCAGCUGUGAUUUUCCUGUUUACUGUCACUCCUUUACUUUAUGUUAAACUCUACUGGAAAAUGAAGUACAGUUACUAUGUCUUCCAUUCCUGGUUUAGUGAGCAGUGGAGCAGACUCAGAGAGGAGGAGGAAAAAUGCAAAUACGAUGCAUUUAUUUCCUAUAAUUCUUUUGAUGAACAAUGGGUCAUGGACCAGUUGCUGCCCAAUCUGGAGGGAAAUGGGUCAUCUUUUAAACUGUGCCUACACCACCGGGACUUUGAGUUGGGCCGCUAUAUUGUGGAUAACAUCGUCUCUGCUGUGUAUAGCAGCCGUAAAACUAUCUGUGUGGUGAGCAGGAAAUUCCUACAAAGCGAGUGGUGUUCACUGGAAAUCCAACUGGCCAGCUACAGACUGUUUGAUGAGCACCGGGAUGUUCUACUGCUCGUGUUUCUGGAGCCAAUACCUGAGAGGCAGCUGUCAUCCUAUCACCGCAUGAGGAAAGUCAUGUUAAAGAAGACUUAUCUGCAGUGGCCUGGAUCUGACUGUACCGACCCGGUGCAAGCCCAAGACCUUUUCUGGAAUCAGUUACGGAGGGCAAUUAGCACAGGGAGCAGGGUGAAAACAGAAGAAAAUGAUGUAAGCGUAGGUUCUGUUGCUCCUGAAAGGGAAGAAACUGAACAUUCUGAGGAACACGCAGCAGAAGAAAACAGUUAUUUGCUACCUUAAUGAGACAGUGAUACUUUAAUUUGUGGUAUUAAUCAAAAUAAU